AUGGCUAAAAGUACCGCUGUUUCCAGUGAGCAGCAAUUUCCAUUGGCUACGUAUCUAGAGACUCUCGUCCGCCUACUAGACACCGUUCGGUACAACGACGAGAAUUUCACAGAUGAUGAACGCGCCUCGUACUUGAAGUACUCCUAUUCCACAGCUGCUGAGCAUUUUGCUCAGCCUCAUGUACAAGAAUCUCUUAAAGCGCCGCCUGAACGCCUGAGUGCCGCCCUCAAGACCAUCGUCGCGAUGGUUGUUUACUCUUGGUCCCAUGUAUCCGAGGAGCUAAUGGCCGAUUUAACCAUCUUCUAUACAUAUGCUCUACUUCUCGACGAUAGCAUAGAGCAGCCUGCUGGCUUCAUGGUAAACUGGUAUGGGGACCUCCUGAACGCCAAACCACAGUCUCACGGUUGGUGGAGACUUGUCAAUGAGUUUCUUCCCAACCUUCUUCGCCAUUAUGGCGGGUAUUGUCAAAUCAAUAUAGUUCGAAGUACGAUUGACUUAUUCCAAGGUUGCUGGAUUGAGCAACACAAUUUCAAGGGCUUUCGCGGCUCUAGUGACUAUCCCAGAUUCCUUCGUCGUAUGAACGGCCUGGGCCAAUCUGUUGGCUCUACCCUAUACCCUCUUGAAAUGAUUGAUGAAGAAAAAUACUUUUUAGAGAUCACCACGGCCAUUGCCCAAAUGGAAAACUGGAUAGUCUGGACGAACGAUCUGUUUUCUUAUUAUAAGGAAUACUUCACAGAGCGAGAUCAGACCUCUUUAGUUAACAAUUAUGUGGCAUGCGAUGGCAUAACUCUUGAUCAAGCUCUUAACAAGCUCUGCAAAGAUGUUAUCCGCAGCUCCGAAGAGAUGAUCCAGGUAUUUCAGGAUAAGCAUCCCAUGAUAUAUGAGAGCUUGACCAAAUUCAUGCAAGGCUACAUCACUUGGCAUUUGUGUGAUGACCGGUAUCGCCUUAUCGAGAUUUACGAUUCCUCUAGCGACAGUGCCAUUGCUCAGAGAUUCCAGAAGUACAUAGAGUCUGCUCGCCGUGUCGGUAUCAUAGACAGUGCUCGGUAUUGCGUACCGUCAGUUACCGAGUUGUGCAAGCGUGAGAUUGAGGGACAUUUGAGCAGUCUGCAGCUAAGCGAUCUAUAA